AUGGCGUCUUCCUUAAAGCGUGUUCUCAUCAUUGGAGGUACGGGCGCUCAAAGUUUCGCCGUUGUACAAGCUUUGAUCGAGGAGCAUUACACUGUUCGAGUCUUCUCUCGGAAUCCAGACAGUCUAUACGUCAAAGCUACCUUUGCCAAUCUUCCUCAAGUUGAAUUCGUGAAGGGCUCGUUCCUUGACUUCGAUACUGUUGAGCAAGCGCUGCAAGACUGUUAUGGUGUCUAUUUCAAUACCGAUGGCAUUAUCGUCAAGGAGUCGAUGAGCUUUGGGCUGCGCCACGGAAGUUGGGAUACACCAUGGGAAUUGGGAUACAGCACAGAAGUUGUCACCCUUUAA